AUGAGUAGCUACUACUCGGACUCGGAUGAUAUUGAUAUCCGCUUCUCAAGGCGUCGAGCGCCGUCGCCUGGGCCCGUCCACUACGUUGAGGCGAGGCCUAGGGCCAGAAGCUACUAUGCAUCAGCCCCUCAACAACCUGCCUUCCUGGCCCCAGAGCGCACAGUGAUCACCACUCGCACUCGAUCGAGAGAACGCUCUAGCGAGCGUCGCUCUACUCCCCCAAGCAGUGCGCCCUCGGCGCCAGCACCAGGACUGCCUCCUGUAAUCAUCAACAACCGCAUCUACAAUGAACAUUCCUCAGAUGACGAGGAUGACCGCCAUAUGCAGGUCUACCACUCUCGUCAUCGUUCCCGUUCGCGCGGUCACUCCUCUCACUCUCGAUCACCAUCGUCCUCCUACAUGACCCGAGAGGACUAUGAGGCUGAAAGAGCUCGCCAGGAGCUGGCCGAGCUGAGAAUCACCCAGGCUCGCGAGAAGGAGGAGCGAAGAAUCCAAAAGGAGUACCGAGAAGAGGCUGAGCUCCAGCGUGCAAAGCGCGACCUGGAUGAUAUCCGAAGUCGCGAGGCCCGCGCCACCGAAGAGAAACGCUUUAAGACACAAAUUGAACUGGAAAAAUACCAGGAGGAAAUGCGGCUGGCAGAUCUGGCUAAGAAGCGAGAGAAGGAGGCUGCUGAUGCCGUGGAGCGUUACAAGAGGAAAGAGCAGGAGCGCCUCGCCCAGGAGAAGAAGGAGAAGGAAGAGCGCGAAAAGGAGUUCCAGAGAAGGUUGCAGGAAGAACGCCAAAAAGAAUUGGACCGCUUGGCCAAGGAAAAGAAGGAGAAGGAGGAGCGCGAAAGGGAGUAUCAGAGGCGACUCCAGGAAGACCUUAUGAAGUCAGGUCUUGACCAAAAAGCCAUUGCUGCCAUUCUGAAGAAGGAGAAGAUACCCGAGUCUCCCAAGCCCAACUCAAAUCCCAAUACCGCCAACAACGCUCUAGUCACAGGCAGCCGCCCGACCUACACGCGCAUGGCCCGUAAGCAUCUGUCAAUUGAGACGCUGAGAACAUACCACGUCGAAUGGGAGCUGGAUGUCGAUCCCGAUUACGUGCUCAUCAAACGUUGGGUUCCAGAAUGGGAACAGGACACGCUAUGGCGGCACACCAGGUCGCUUCGCGAAAAGCGUUCAUCCAAGCUGGUGCUCGAGAUCGAGGACAAAAAGUCUCACAGGCAUGAGCCCGAAUUUGAAUGGGUAAGAAAGAAGAGUGACCGCAAGCGAAGCAAGUCGCCAGCACUUCUCAUGUACCUUGCCGGCGCCAAGCCGGCGUGA